AUGACGUUGACCCCAACGAUGAAACUCAAAUCAUUCUGCAGUGCUUGUGGAACGUUGCCGAAAACACCACAACCUGGGAACCCGAAAGCUUGA